GAUAAGUGGAAGGAGAAAAUGUUGGGCUGGUGCCAAGCGAUAGCUCGUAAUCCUCACAGACUCCCAAACAGCACAAGAACCCCCGAGGUCUCAGGUGAUGCUUCACACAUUUCUGCCUUGAAUGAUAAAUCUCCAGGUCGCUCAACAAGUCGGUCAAGUAACAUUUCAAAGGCAAGCAGCCCUACCACAGGGACAGCUCCCAGGAGCCAAUCACGGUUAUCGGUCUGCCCUUCUACUCAGGACAUCUGUAGGAUCUGUCACUGUGAGGGAGACGAUGAAAACCCCCUCAUCACACCAUGUCGCUGCACAGGGACCCUACGUUUUGUUCAUCAGGCCUGUCUGCAUCAGUGGAUUAAGAGCUCAGACACACGAUGCUGUGAACUCUGCAAGUAUGACUUUAUAAUGGAGACCAAGCUCAAACCACUUCGAAAGUGGGAAAAACUACAAAUGACAACAAGUGAGAGAAGGAAGAUAGUCUGCUCAGUCACAUUCCACAUUAUUGCUAUUACCUGCGUAGUUUGGUCAUUGUAUGUUUUAAUAGAUCGGACUGCUGAGGAAAUUAAGCAAGGCAAUGACAACGGUGUCCUGGAGUGGCCAUUUUGGACAAAACUGGUUGUGGUGGCUAUUGGAUUCACUGGAGGCCUCGUCUUCAUGUACGUACAGUGUAAAGUGUAUAUUCAGCUGUGGCGAAGGCUGAAGGCUUACAACCGAGUGAUAUUUGUUCAGAACUGUCCAGACACUGCCAAAAAAAUAGACGAGAAAAAUUCUUCCUUUGUUCAAAACACUGAAAUCAAAGACGCUGUGGUGGUGCCAGUAUCACAGACAGCUACAAACUCUCAGCAAUCAGGAGAUGAAACUGCUUCUGAUGUCAUGCCAGUUUGAUGGAAGCAGCAUUUCCCCCCUCAUUGAAGAACAAGGCAACAUGCUUUCUCCUAUUCAGCCACAGGAAAGGGCAAAACCACGAAGUAUUUUUGAAUGAAGAGCAAGCAGAAAGAAAGCCAGGAAAAUUGAUCAGAAGAAAUUACACGUUACCUCUGGAAUGCAAUUGUGAAGUAAUUUUGCAGCUUUCUGGCUAGGCACAGUGAAAGUGGAAAUGAAGAAAUUAUAGCAGAGACCCAGUCUGACAGUGGCCAAAAAGAACUGCACACGGACAUAUUACAGGUGUUCUGUUUACAAGGAAGAAAACCCUUAUGUAUUUGCUACUGUGGUCUUUUGCUAAUUAUCAUACUCUUGAACACACACUUUAAAGCAAUUUUUUAAAAAUUAUUAUUAUUAACCCUUUAAAAUUGUGUAAGAGACAUGCAUCAUAGCACAAAUUAUCUAAAUCUCAUAAUGGAAUAAUUUGAUUCUGAGGUGGUUUACCCAUAGCAUCUAUGGUUUGGAAGAAAUGUAAAAUAAGAACAUUCCUAAAAUAAUCACUUGAAGCAUAGAUUUUAAAAUGGAGGAUUUGCAACUCAGUGUCAUUGAAAACAUUUUCCUUGGUUCCCCCCCAAACGCAGAUGUUUUGCCUCAAGGGUUCUUUGCAGAUUGUUGUAUUCCUCUGGAAUUGCAGCUUGGCUGCAGCUUAAAGAACAAAAAUAGUAAAAAACAAAA